UUCAUUCGUAUGUAUUUGACCGGAAAUGAAUGUCCGGGAAAAAAUCUACCAUAUGAAAUCGUUUGUAUUUCGUAUGAAGACUUUUGAAGUGCAAUUGAAAAGAGGACCUCCGUAACGAGAUCAAAGAUGUACACCAGCUGUGCAGGGUGAAGAGGUUAUCUCAAACGCCCUUAAUUGGGCCACAGCCCAAUUAAGAGCGACUCAAAUGUCAUUACCGCUGAGAAGUACUUCUUGCCAUUUGAGUCAGCAUGUCAGAGCUAGUCACUACGGAUUGUGGUGACACAGCACUGGACUGCCUGCAAAAGUUAAUCGCAUAUAGCCAUCUCACUGGCAAUGUGCCUGAUUCAACGGAGCCUAACAAGCUGCUGAUUGUGCGCAUUGUCGAGACAAUUUGCGGUUGCUUCACCGGUCCACAGACCGAUGAGAGUGUGCAGCUGCAGAUUAUUAAAGUUCUGCUGACUGUAAUGACAAGCCAGCAUGUGGAGGUAUACGAGGGUACGGUACUGUUAACAAUUCGUACUGUUUACAACGUUUACUUAUCGUCGCGCAACCUGGUGAAUCAAACAACAGCCUGUGCGACUCUCACGCAGAUGAUCAACGUAAUUUUCGCGCGAAUGGAGACUCAGGCGGAGGAAGAGAACGUGAGGCUUGAUGGGGAACAUCAGCAGGAGGGUUCUGUCAUAGCAAACGGCGUGCGUCUAUUUAAUGACGAUGGAUGUAGAAAGCUCUUCAAAUCACUUCGAGAGGAUUAUCAAAAGCGAUCUCCUUAUAUCGCAUAUUUAAUCAGAUGUCGUCAGGGAUUGUUGUCGACAUUUGCUCACUUAGAUAGGUACUGUUUAUAUAUAAAUAUCAUCUUUGUAUGUAAUGUAUAAGUAAAUGUAAGAUGUUUAAA